CCUCUGUUGUGAUUACAUUAAAUGUGAUUGGGUCAACCGGCCUCACGUGACUGUCCUCGACAGGAGUUUCUACGACAGCUGAGUAGCAGCUAAAUGCGUUUUUUCACCUGUAACGUUGUCGUUUUUUAACUCCAGUCUGUCGAAGUUACGGAAGAUGGGAGACAAGAAGAGCCCCACAAGGCCAAAGCGGCAACCUAAGCCGUCCGCAGACGAUGGUUACUGGGACUGUAGCGUCUGCACGUUCAAGAACACCGCUGAGGCGUUCAAGUGCAUGAUUUGUGAUGUGCGGAAGGGGACGUCAACUCGAAAACCACGGCCUGUUUCUCAGCUGGUUGCACAGCAAGCAAAUCAGCAGUUUGCACCACCCACACUCCCCAAAAAGGAGAAAAAGGAGAAAUCAGAGAAAGACAAGAGUGAUAAAGACUCAACACUGAAAAAGAAAAGCAAUAAAAAAAUUAGGCCCCGGUUAAAAAACAUCGACAGGAGCAGCGCCCAGCAUCUAGAAGUCACAGUUGGAGACUUGACUGUAAUAAUCACAGACUUUAAGGAGAAAGCCAAACCCACAUCCACUUCAACUGGUGCUGCCUCAGCAGAUCAACACAGUCAAAGUGGCUCAAGCUCUGAUAACACUGAACGAGGGGUGUCCCGAUGCUCUUCGCCUCACACGGAAGGCUCGCCGGUUAACGGAGAGACUCACUAACCUUCACACUCCACGUCAGCGCAACCCAUUCUUCUGCACACUCAACAGCCUCGAGCAGAGAUUAAAAUUCAACAUGCACGUUUUUUUUUAAAUACUUUAAAUGCAAAUAUGAUAGUAUUCACUUCUGAGCCUGUAUUUUUCACUGCCAUCUCAUGAUGAUAAAGAAUUCAGAAGGUGGGACGUGUGAUGUAUGCUCAACUCAAAGAAUGGUUGCAGCAAGAUCUAUAAUGAUGAACUGAAAAAAGGAACGGUAGCAUUAAGUCCUGGAUGUCAUUGGAACUGUGCCACGUGUUGUGGUUACUCAAGUUUCAGCAUCACACUGAGAUGGUUGUUGAUGCACAGAAUGAAUGAUACUUUAUGAAAGAAAUAUAAAAAGUCAUCUCAGAUGUGUAGUUUAUUUUUGAAUUUUGUUAUCGUAAUUUGCACUUAAUGGCAUCCUAUGUUCAUGAUAACAUUUUUUAGCAUUAAUUCCUCUUUGCAGUUUUCAGUUACUCAUAACACUGUUGGUUCUAGUCUCCAGUGUAUGCUAUUGGAUGCAAUACUUUUUUUACUGUCUAACAUUUGAGUACAAAUAUUGAAUAAUUAUACUAAGUAUGCUUCUCAUUCACUUGGUAGUAAGCAUGAUGUAAUCUAUAGAAUGGUUUAUAUUGUAAAAUAAUAUUAAAUAAAAUAAGUUCUAGAUA